AUGGUUUCCGAAGGAAGUUCUUCCAAGAAAGUAUGUGUGAUCGGCGCCGGUCCGUCUGGAAUUGUUGCCGCUCGGGAGUUAAGAAAAGAAGCCCACAAUGUGGUGGUUCUCGAGCAAAACCACGACGUGGGAGGGCAAUGGUUGUAUGAUCCCGAUGUUGUAAAAGGGCAUCCGAUGGGACAAGAGAGGUUCCUCGAGGUUCAUAGUAGCAUAUACGCCUCGUUGAGGGUAAUUUCGCCGAGAGAGAUAAUGGGCUACACGGACUUACCAUUUGUUGUCAAGGCGGAUAGGGACGGGAGGAGGUUCCCCGGCCACCGGGAAGUUCUUCUAUACCUACAAGACUUUUGUGAGAGGUUCAAGUUGAGAGAAAUGAUACGGUUCAACACACGGGUAGUGAGCACAAAGAUGUUGGAUUACCCUGUCGCGACGAAUAACUUAAAGUGGUUGGUUAAAAGCACGGCGGCUGAUAAGGUGGUGGAGGAAGUCUAUGACGCGGUGGUCGUCGCGACCGGCCACUACUCCAAACCGAGGUUGCCCAAAAUAGAAGGAAUGAAUUAUUGGAAGAGAAGACAAAUACAUAGUCAUGUUUACCGUGUUCCCGAUCCUUUCAAGAAUGAGGUAGUUGUAGUUGUCGGGAGCUCAUAUAGUGGACUCGAUAUAUCGAUGGAGUUGGUAAACAUGGCAAAGGAGAUUUACCUAAGCAGCAAGACCCUUUAUAUUUCGGAAGGCUUUUCAAAAAUAAUCUCAAAAUAUGACAAUCUACAUCUUCGUCCACAGAUAGAAUCACUCCGCGAAGAUGGGAAGGUCUUGUUUAUAGAUGGCACUUGGACCAUCGCAGACACUAUAAUAUAUUGCACCGGGUAUUCUUAUACACUUCUGUUUCUUGACACCAAAGGGAUUGUAGGGAUAGAUGAUGAUAGGGUCGGACCACUUUACGAGCACAUGUUUCCUCCUUUGCUAGCUCCUUCUCUAUCUUUCAUCGGCAUUCCUAGAAGGGUUAUAGGAUUUCCUUUAUUCGAAGCCCAAGCAAAGUGGAUAGGUCAACUAUUGUCCGGGAAGAAAAGGCUGCCAUCGCUGGAUGAUAUGAUGCAAUCGAUCAAAGAGUUCUAUCACAUGUUAGAUGUUUCUUGUAUUCCUAAGCACGAAACACAUCUUAUGAUCAAAGGCUUUGAGUAUAUGGAUCAAAUCGCAGACUAUACGGAUUUUCUACAUUUAGAGGAAUGGCGAAAAACUCUUUGCCUUUCGACUGCAAGAAGAGCGGAGAUCAACUUGAAGACUUACCGAGAUUCAUACGAUGAUGAUGAAGAGAUGAUGCAAGUUGCUUUUAACAGCCUCCAUUUUAAGCAGUUUGAACUUGAAGAAGAACAAAAACCACAAGAAGAUUCAAAACUAGCUUGUGAAGAAUUAAUUGCUGAUGAGGUGUUACGGGAGGUUGUAGAUCAAACGACGACUUUUGGGCUAUGGAAUAAACUGUGUGAGAAGUACCGGAAUAACUCUCUCACGAACAGGCUAUAUCAGAAGCAACGUUUUUACACCCUCUGGAUGUCCGAAAGUACUCAGUGGAAUGAAACGGUGAAGUUAGGUGAUGAUGGGGUUCUAGCCAUAAAGAGGAACGGGACAGUGCAGAUAAAAUUGUAUGAUGGUACUAGUAGAGGUUGUGAAAGUAUUGCAGGUACAAAAGACUGUGGUGCUGACCAGAUGGUGGAGUUUGAGACUCCUGACAGAGUUGUGUUAAAGGAAGAGCAGCAGGAUAAUACUAUUGAUCAAUCCGAUCAACCAGAGAGGAAGAGCAGCAGGAUAAUACUAUUGAUCAAUCCGAUCAACCAGAUCAUUCAAAACUUCAAGGGAAACUGGUUGAGGAGGAAGCUGAUGACGUUGUUGGUGAUGAUCUUGGCUCUGAUGAGCCAAAGACAUAUAAAGAAGUUGUGGGGUCCGAAGCAUUUUCAGCGUGCCACAAGUCCUACUCCUUUCGCUCGAUCACAGAGAUGUCUGUUUAGAGAGCAAGUUCGAGAAAAACUCAUGGUGAACCAAGGAAAUGUUGCCGCUGCUUCUACUGUCGUCCCAACUUUCCAGACUGUCGCUGGGACAUCUUCCAACUCUGCCACAUCUACAUCUUCACUCCACAUCCCCACUGUGGUCCCUGCUGCCGUUCCCCAUGCGCUCACACCGACUGAGGAGCAACUAAUGAGAGCCCUCAGUAGCAUCCAACAGGGAAUGGCGGGGCUGCAAGCACACCUCGUUCAGGUGGAGCAGGCUCAAGCUGCGCAGGGAGCAUUUAUCGCUUCCCAAGCGGCACAAGUUGUCAACACCGCUACGAUACCCGCUACCAUCACUCCCCCACCACCACCUACUGUUGAGCCUUACCAGAGGGCUGAGGGACACAGGGCUGCUGAUCGCCCGUUUGCUGAAGUCCCCAUGGACGUUCAUUACCAGUCCCUUCUGGAUCAUACAAGUUCUGCGCCCAGAGGCUCUGGCAACUAUGAGAACUUCAACAGGAUCGCUGCCACCUCCAAAUCUCACGGCAUCACGGAGGACGUUGCAAAGUUGAUACUGUUUCCAUUUUCGUUAUCUGGAGAAGCCAGGAAAUGGUUCGAUAACCUUUAUCCCAUUCCUGGCUCUUUCAAGGAAGUAGCGUAG